GGGAAGUCCAACAACUUGUUGCAAUUAUAGUAACUCACAAUGGCGUCGAGGCCGGAACUCAAGGUUGACGAUGAAGGUGGCUUCAUCCGGACCUUUCGUUCCUUACCUUCAAAGCCAGAUGGAGCCAGCACGAUUCGUGUCUUCGACCGCACGGACUGGUACUCAGCACAUGGCGAAGACGCUGAAUUCAUUGCUAGGACUGUCUACAAAACCACUGCGGUCAUCAGAAAUCUCGGUCGCAGUGACAAUGCCCUUCCGAGUGUUACAAUGACAACCACUGUUUUCCGAAACCUCCUCCGCGAAGCACUCUUUAAACUGGGUAAAAGAGUAGAGAUAUGGGAGGCAUGUGGAAAGGGACAAUGGAAGCUGGCUCGGCAGGCUAGCCCUGGAAACUUGCAAGCGGUCGAGGAAGAGCUAGGUUCGGGCCUGGACAGUCAAGGUGACAGUGCACCAAUUAUUCUGGCCGUCAAGGUCAGCGCAAAGGCAGGCGAGGCAAGAAGCGUGGGAGUUUGUUUUGCAGAUGCAAGCGUCAGAGAGCUCGGUGUCAGCGAAUUUCUCGAUAACGACCUCUACUCCAACCUUGAAAGCCUACUCAUUCAACUUGGUGUCAAGGAGUGUGUCGUGGCAAACGAUGGGCAGAAAAAGGAUCCCGAACUCGCCAAGAUACGACAGAUAGCGGACUCAUGCAAUAUCGCCAUCUCCGAGAGACCCGCUGCCGACUAUGGGACGAAGGACAUUGAUCAGGAUCUAUCGAGACUCCUUAAAGGAGAAAAUGCGACGGGCCUGUUACCUCAGACGGAUCUCAAGUUGGCUAUGGGCAGUGCAGCUGCUUUGAUCAAGUAUCUUGGUGCAUUGACCGAUCCCAGCAAUUUUGGUCAGUAUCGACUCUACCAGCACGACUUGAGCCAGUUCAUGAAACUAGACGCUGCUGCACUUAGAGCCCUCAAUCUUAUGCCCGGCCCUAGGGAUGGCGCGAAGAGUAUGAGUCUAUUUGGCCUCCUCAACCACUGCAAGACACCAAUAGGAGGUCGUUUACUAGCCCAAUGGCUCAAGCAACCAUUGAUGAAGCUGUCCGAAAUUGAGACUAGGCAGCAACUUGUGGAGGCUUUUGUGACUGACACAGAACUUCGACAGACUAUGCAAGAAUCACAUCUGCGCUCCAUCCCCGACCUGUACCGGCUCGCGAAAAAAUUUCAACGCAAAAUGGCCAAUCUUGAGGACGUGGUCCGCGCUUACCAGGUUGUCAUCCGUCUUCCAGGCUUUAUUGAAGCUUUGGAGACCGUCGUCGACGAACAAUAUCAAAUACCGCUCGAAGCACAGUACACCUCAAAACUCAAGGAGUUGUCGAAUUUCCUCGGCAAACUCGCAGAGAUGGUAGAAACAACGGUUGACCUGGAUGCACUCGAUCGCCAUGAGUUUAUCAUCAAACCCGAGUUCGACGACAAACUGCGAAUCAUACGAACGAAGCUCGACAAGAUCAAGCACGACAUGGAAGUUGAGCAUCGUCGAGCCGGCAAGGAUCUCAACCAAGAUCUCGACAAGAAACUGUUCCUCGAGAACCACAGAGUGCACGGUUAUUGCUUCAGACUUACGCGCAAUGAAGCCAGCUGUAUACGUAACAAGCCGAGUUAUAAGGAAAUUUCGACACAAAAGAAUGGAGUCUAUUUCACAACUCAAAAACUGCAAGAAUUGAGGCGAGAGCACGAUCAGCUAUCGACUGCUUACAACCGAACGCAAAGCUCACUGGUCUCUGAAGUCGUCUCGGUAGCUUCGUCAUACACUCCAGUCAUUGAACAGCUUGCCGCCAUCAUCGCUCACCUGGAUGUUAUCGUCAGCCUUGCACAUGUUUCCGUUCACGCGCCGACGGCUUAUGUCCGACCCAAAAUGUAUGAACGUGGAACCGGCGACACCAUUUUGAGAGAAGCACGGCACCCUUGUAUGGAAGCUCAAGACGACAUCAACUUCAUCACCAACGAUGUCGAAUUGAAGCGAGACGAAUCGAGAUUUUUGAUCAUCACGGGUCCGAACAUGGGCGGCAAGUCGACUUACAUCCGCACCAUCGGCUGCAUUGCCCUAAUGGCCCAGAUCGGAUGCUUCGUGCCAUGUUCUGAAGCUGAGUUGACCAUCUUUGACUGCAUUCUUGCUCGUGUGGGUGCUUCGGACUCACAGCUCAAAGGCGUCUCGACAUUCAUGGCUGAAAUGCUCGAGACGGCGAAUAUCCUGAAGAGUGCCACUAGAGACUCGCUGAUCAUUAUUGAUGAACUCGGUCGAGGGACGAGUACGUACGAUGGAUUCGGUCUCGCCUGGGCAAUCAGUGAAGAGAUUGUGGCUCAAAUUGGGGCUUUCGGCUGCUUUGCGACACACUUCCACGAGUUGACUGCUCUGGCAGAUAAGUAUCCAAAGGCUGUGAAGAAUCUGCAUGUUGUUGCCUUUGUGGGAGAUCAGACCGACGGUGAUAGUUCGACGAAACGAAGGGAAGUCACGCUGUUGUACAGAGUCGAGCCCGGAAUCAGUGAUCAGAGCUUUGGUAUCCACGUUGCUGAACUUGUGAGAUUCCCAGCAAAGGUGGUCAACAUGGCUCGACGAAAGGCCGAAGAAUUGGAAGACUUCACAGCCGUGACUGGCGAGGAAAAGAAGGAUGAGUACUCGAAAGAGGAAGCUGAGGAGGGGAGCAGGCUAUUGAAGGCUAUGUUGAAGAAAUGGAAAGAGCAGGUCGAGGGACAGGAUAUGAGCAAGGACGAAAAACUGAAACUCAUGAGGGAUAUGGUCAAGAGCGACGAAAAGUUGAUGGCGAACCCGUUCUUCCAAUCUGUCAAGGCGUUGUGAGACCUCGACGAGGAUAACCUGGGUUGGAACUUUGAGCAUGGCGUUACGUGGGAAGGGGUAAAUCUCCAUGAGAUGGCUCUCUUGUCGAAUGGGGUGUUUUCAAGCUUGUCAUAUUAUGGUCUGGUAUGAGGCAUUUUUAUCUUCUCCGCUGGUAUGUCCAUAUGGAACGUGGAAUGUACAAUACUCCAGGUAAUGCUGGGAUGAUGAUCAAAGUAUGCUUUUG